AAACAAUAGCUGAUGCUAUCCGUAUACUAUAUAAUUUUUUUAUAAAACGUGUAUUGAACAGUGGAAGGGCAUUUAAUAAUUUUUUAUAAACAAAUAAAAUAGUCAGACACACAGUUUGAUUUUGCAACAACGUGUGCAGUAUGGAGCCUAACGGUGUUGAGAAAAGUUUGAAUUUAACGGCGGCCUGUAAUGUGAACAUGACAAACCAGUUCAGUCAUUCGGACACCGGAAAAUGGUGGCUGAUUAUCGUUUAUAUAGUUGUCUUUUUAGUAGGAUUAAUCGGCAAUACCCUUGUCUGUGUCGUCAUAUGGCGCAACAGAGGGAUGCGGACGGUGACGAACAUUUUCAUUGUCAACCUCGCCAUCGCAGAUAUCGCCGUUUUAAUUAUGUGUCUACCUAUUACCUUGCUUGUUGACAUCACCGGCGCGUGGUUCUUUGGUGACUUCGUCUGUAAACUAAACCAAUUUACAAUGACGUCAUCGAUAUCUGUGUCUGUUCUUACACUAACGGCAAUAUCCGUAGAACGUUGGUAUGCGAUCUGUCAUCCGUUGCGUUUCCAUAGCACCACGCGACGCGCCCGUGUCAUCAUUACUGCAAUUUGGAUUGUUUCUGCAGGCGUCGCUCUUCCGGAAACAAUUGCCUCUAGAACUGUUAAGACCUGUGAAGAAGAAAUUUUGUUUACUGAAUGCUACCCGGUUGAUCUUGGCUACAAGGGGCUCAUGAUAUGGCAGUUUGUUAUAAUUGCUGCACUGUAUUGCGUUCCCAUCUGCCUUAUGGGUUUCACCUAUUCCAACAUCGCCUUUAUCCUGUGUACCGGACGGAUACCAAAGGAAUCACACACACGUGCUGCGAUGUUGAACGACAGAAAUUGGAAUGAUAACGAUGAGCACAUUGAAUCGCGCAAAAAGGCUGUCAAGAUGCUCUUUGCAAUUGUGGCUCUCUUUGCCAUGUGUUUCUUUCCAAACCAUCUGUUAAAUGUCUUAAGAUACGCUGGUUUUACGGACUACGUGGAUGGAAUAGAAAACUUUGCGCUGGUAGCACAUGUGGCGAUAUUUCUCAACAGCUGUAUGAAUCCCGUCUUUUACAAUUUUAUGAGCGGUAAGCAUUCAAGGUUGACGAUUAUUGGCUCUCAUUGUUACAUGAAACCUACCAGAUCUCUUAUCCCGUAG